AACUAUUACUAAAUUUAGUUUUGUAUUUAGUUUGUUGAAAAUUAUUUAUAAUAGACUCUUUGAUAAUAGUAGAAAAGAAAUCUUAAGAAAUAACUUACUAUAAAUUAAGUGAAAUGGAAUCAUCUGACCUUUUACAGUCUUUUAAUUCUCAAGUAACCACAGAAUCAGUUACAGAAAAUUCAAUGAACGCAUUGGACAGUGAUUAUGCGGAAUUACAAGAACAAGUGAUGGCUAAUUUCCAAAAACCAAUAUUACCAAAUGUAAAUGUGCCAGAGAAAAUUAUUAUUUGCUUAGACGUCUGCUACGAUGAUCAGAAUUCUCUAUUCAGACUCGGAGAUGGAACAACCUAUACUCCAAUAAAUAUGUUAAAAAGGGUUUUAGAAUUUUUUAUACACUCUAAACAUGCUAUCAAUAAGAAAACAGAGUUUUCCCUGAUAGCCAUGCAAGACGACAGUGCUUGCUUUGUACAAAAUUUUACACAUAACUUAAAGGAUAUACUAAAUGCUAUUGAUUAUGUUAAUGCUGAAGAAAGCAAGUCAGAAACAUUUGAUUUUCAAAAAAUUUUUCAGAUUAUAAAACAAGAAGUUGAAAUACCACAAUUUAAGCAGUCUGAAUGUAUAAUUCGACCUCCAUAUGUUGUCCGUAUGAUUGUGUUGUAUGCUCGCUCAAACUGCAUACCUGUUAUCGCUCAGGAGGACUCAUAUUUCAAUUAUUUAAAAAAGCAAGUUUAUUUUUACAUUGAUAUUUUACUUGCUCACGAGGAAGAUUGUGCUCUUUAUAAGUGUGCAGAAGUUUAUGAUUCACUACAGGAUUUAGACGAUGGUUACUCAUAUGUCUUUGAGGUAUCAAAAAAUGCAGCUAAGAUACAUGAUUCUAUUGCAAAGUUAUUAGCGCAUCCUUUGCAAAGACCUCUACAAAAAAAUACAGAUUAUGCAUUUCCAUCUAAAUUUUAAUUUUGUUUUUAAAAUAAGUCUUAGGGUAUAUUGUUAAGAAGAUAGUGAUUCUAUUUAUAUUAUUAUCACAUAAUAAUCAUAAAAUAUAAAAUAACAUCAGCUUUCAUUUUUCUACCCUUUCUAUUUUUCUCUAAUAUAAGAAAUUAUUACUUGUACCUUUUUUAUAUAAUAACUAAUAAUAAAAAAUAUCAUUAUCAUAA